CUUUUUGGCAGGAAAUGAACCUUGCCUCACCGGAAUCCAACUAACGUGCGGUGCUGGAAGUGGCAGGGAGCUACUAGUACAAAACUCAUCGCCAGCAGGCGUAGACUGGUGUACUCAAAGCAAUUAGCCCAUCGCCUGUGUAUGACCACAAGACAGAAGCAGCUAUGUCUUCAGCAGUGGACCUCAAAACCAAGGAGGAGAAGGAUGCAGAGUUGGACCGAAGGAUCGAAGCGCUGAGAAAGAAGAACGAAGCUCUGGUCAAGCGCUAUCAAGAAAUAGAAGAAGACAAGAAGAAGGCAGAGCAGGAGGGCAUCGCCAUCACCACCCCGCGGAAGCCUCGUGGCCAUGAGCCGGCAGAAUCGGACCGUAGGAGGAUAGAAAAGGAAAACUUCACCGUCACGGUUGACUUCUCCAAGUCCCCAGCAGGGGGGGACAAGCGAGUGGUGGAAGACUGGAAGGCCGCCACGCCCUACAGCCGGCGAUCGUCGGAGGAGAAUGACGGCCCCCGAGGGCCCAGCGACGGCCACAGCCCCCACAGACGGAUGGGCUCCGGUCGGCUAGCAAGAGGGGGGACCCCCAGAGGAGGAGACGGGGGCCGCCAGGAGAGAAGACCGCGAGAACCACGCACGCCCAGAGAUGGAGAGCCGGGUGACGCAGGAGGACGUAGAGGAGGAAGGAGGGGAAGAGGAGGUGGAGGAGGAGGCGGAGGAGGAGACGCAGGCGGGACACCAGGUGGUGGGGACAGAAAGUCCAAGGAAUGGGAGGAGAGGAGGCGACAAAACAUUGAAAAGAUGAACGAGGAAAUGGAGAAAAUAGCAGAAUAUGAGAGAGGCCAGCGGGCAGAUAGUGAUAAGCCCCUGCGCCACUUCCUAGACGACCCGCGUCGCUCCGGCCCGGCCCCCGAUAUCGACCGCAAGGAGGGCAGCAGGAGACACGUACGCAACUGGGGCGGGCUGGACUUUGACAAUGUCAAGACCGGCGGCGAUCUGGAGAAAGAGUGGACCAGUCGGCGUCCCGGCCCCAAGGGUUCCAUGGACAUGACCAUGUCCAUGACGGGCCGCGAGCGAGCCGAGUACCUGCGCUGGAAGAAGGAGCGCGAGCAGAUCGACGAGGAGCGACUGGCGCGCCAUCGCAACGCCACCGGGCAGUGGAGACGCGAGUGGGACGCGCAGAAGACGGAGAACAUGUUCAAGGAGGAAGCGAAUGCGGCAGCAGAGGGCGGCGGCACGCCAGAGCAGGGAGGCAGGAGAGUCCGAGGGCGUAACUUUGGCGGCGGGUCCCGGGGCAGAACCUCAGAUGAUAGCAAGCAUCCGCCCAAAGCACACACAUUUGGCGACUUCCUCUCCCAGGGCAGGUCCCAGGGGCCUCGAGGGGAGCGGAGUCGAGGCAAGGGCAGAGGAGGGAAGCCCAGCUACAGUAUGCACGACAAUCGCUGGGAAGAAAAGGAAGAUGACGAGAAGGAGAAAAAAGACAAGCCCAAGCGAGAGAAAAAGGAGAAAUCCACGCCUGAGCCAACACAGAAGGCGGAGCAGGCACAAGAUGAAGAGCAGGACGACGACCAGUGGGAAGACGCCAGCGAGGGCGAGGAGGAAAUGUCCGACGAAGAUGGGAAGAAAGAUGCGGGGAAAGAGGAAGCCGAUAAAGACCACGGCACCCCCGCGGCACCCUCUCCUCGCUCCCCUCCGCCGUCUGCCGGAAGCCCCCGUGAGCAGCGAACGCCGAGACCCAAGAUCCACAUCCCCGCACCGCAGGCGCCCUCACAAAAUACCCCAGAGGCGGGAAAGCCCAUCAGCCCGUUCCAGCUGCUGGACGGACACCAGCCCGUGUCGGAUUGGGCCGAGGAGAUGGACAUGCUGUCGCCACGGAGCAGCAUGGGGGGGGAGUCCCCCAUGAAACCUCAGAGUGUCGAGAGCAGCCCCCCACAAAAGGAGGAGCAGGAGGAGACCGCCGAACACAUCGAGGACAACUCUGUUCCCAGUGGCGACAUAUCUGUUGCACCACCUCCAGAAACGUCAGAAGCCCAGGAGGUUGUCAUGGCGUCAGAGCCAGAAGCUCCGCCCUCACUCGCAUCAGACCCAUCGCCGUCCGAAUGCGCUCCAACAGACGUGUCCGACGCUACGGCCCCGGACAUCUCUGAGGACCUCCAGGAUGCUCCUGACACACCCUCGCAAGACAAAGCAGACAGUCCAACCCCCACCGUCUUGGUGAGUGAGCCCAUCGAAGCUGAGGGAGAGAAAGAUGAGAGAGACGACGACACGGGCAACGUGAACACAGACGCCGCUAUCGCAGCAGAGACGUCUUCUGAGGAGCCGUCCUCAGUCUGAAGAGGACAACGUUGCUGGAGUGAUGUCACGCAUUUUCUCCCAACAAGACGGGUUGCCUUCACACAGUCUGGCUGCGGAGAAGGUUAUCUCGUAGUCCUUGUUAUUAUGUCGCACGCUUUGUCUUCGCUCACGUCAGCGGCGGGAGGAAAAAAAAAAAAAGAAAUGGAGCUGCUGGAAUCAGCUGACACAUAAUCAAACAAUCACAAGUCUACAGAAGCCAAUCAAUGUCCAGUGAGUUUUUCUUUGCACGGACCCUUUAACAGGCUUCAGUUGUUUCAAAACAAAUUUUUUUUUUAGCAAAUAUUACGAUCAGUUCUUGGAUUUAUGACUGCUAUACAGUCCUUCAUACAGUUUAACGAUGAAAUGUUAGGUUUGCAGUUCAAAAAGGUUGGCACUGCAAUAAUUGGCGCUUGGAAUGGCUCAUGUGAUGUGGGCAAAAUUAAAAUACACAAAUUUUCUAUAAUGCGGGUUAUGCAACAGAUUUUGUCUUCUUGUAUAUGUUCCAAGUAUUGAUUGGUAAGAAUCUGCAUUGUUUUGUCAUGCCUUCAAUUAAAAUGUAAAUCUGAUGAGGAAUUUAAAA